AUAAGUUUUUCCAAUCAAAUUGCCUUCCUUUCAAAAAUUUUCCGGUAGUUUUUUUGUUUUCCAUUCAUAUUUCUUUCCAACAUGAAUAACCAAAAGUCGCCUCAUCGUCUUCCGAACAUAAUUGAUUUAACAAAUAGUGUUGAAACUCCAACAACAUCCCCAGUAAACAAAAACAAAAACGAAGCCGAUGACGAUGUAAUUUUGGUAUCCACUACCCUGCCGGCACCGCAACCCAUCAAAUUCUGCAAAUCUCCAUUUGGCAAAGAAAGAAGAAAAUCCUAUAGACACCCCAGCGGUCCCUAUAUAACUCUCACGUGUCCCAUUUGUUUGGAAUCUUGUAUAAAGCAACAGCCCACCUCAACGCGAUGUGGUCAUAUAUUUUGUGAGAAAUGUAUUAAACAUUUUAUACAUGUGGAUAGCAAAUGUCCCAUUUGUAAAAUGAAAAUUAACAAUUUGGAUCUAUUUCGUAUCUAUGUCUAAUGGUCAUGCAUAUAUUUUGUUUUUCGAAUUAAAAUCAGUUAUUCAUUUUAUGUAAAA